UGCAGUUACUUCCACACAUGCCAUGGAGGUGGAGAAGCUGAAGAGGGAGCUGGCACAUUACCAGCAGAACCAGGAGGCUGAUGCCAGCCUGCAGCUGCAGGAGGAGGUGCAGAGCCUGCACACUGAACUACAGAAGGCCAAGUCGGAGCACAGGGUCUUAGGGGAUGCCCACAGCAGGGAGAAUGGCGAGCUGAGAAAGUGAGUUGCAGACCUGGAACAUGAAAAUGCUCUUUCAAAGGACGAGAAACACCUUAAUAAACAGAUCCUGGGCCAAUCAAAAGCUGAAUCUUCCCAGAGUCUGUGGAGGAGAACCUCUUGAUGAAGAAGGAGCUGGAGGAGGAGAGGUUCAGGUACCAGAACCUCCUGAAGGAAUACUCCCGGCUGGAGCAGAGAUAUGAGAACCUCUGAGACGAGCAAACUUCGGGCUACAGGAAGAACCCAUCAAAUCAAAGUAGCUUAGAAUCUGAUUCCCAUUACCCCUCCAUUUCCACUUCUGAGAUUGGAGACACUGAGGAUGCCCUUCAGCAGGUGGAGGAGAUUGGUGUAGCAAAGGAAGCGAUGGACAUGACCGUCUUCCUGAAGCUGCAGAAGAGAGUGUGGGAACUUGAGCAGGAGAGGAAGGAGCUGCAGGCGCAGCUAGAAAAGGAGCAGCAGGACAGCGAGAAAGAACAGAUGGAACAACAAAACAAUGGCUGCGAUGUGGACCAGGAUGCACAUCUGGCCUACAACAGUCUGACGAGACAAGAGCUUGAGCUGGAGAACAAGAAGCUGAAGAACAACAUGAAUGAGCUGAGGAAAGCUGUCACUGGCCAAGUUGUCCAUGCAGGACAACUCCACUCACAGCUCCGCAGACGGCUGCAGUCUUCUACUGAAUCAGCUCAAGCUGGCCAAUGAGGAGCUGGAGGUCCGCAGAGAGGAGGUGCUGAUCCUCAGGACCCGGAUCAUGAACACUGACCAGCGCUGACUGGCUGGCAAGCAUAUGGAGCCAAACAUCAAUGCCAGAACAAGUUGGUCCAACAGUGAAAAACAUGUGGACCAGGGAGAUGCCAUUGAGGCCUAUCGUGGUGUCUGCCGGACAAACAGGUUGCUCUAGGCACAGCUGCAGGCCCAGAGCCUGGAGCAUGAGAAGAGGUGGAAUAUCUCAAGGCCCAGGUGGAGGCCCUGAGAGAGGAGAUGGACAAGCAGCAGCAGACCUUCUGCCAGACCCUGCUGCUCUUCCCACAGGUCCAGGUAGAGUUUGGGGUCCAGCAGGAGAUAACUCGACUCACCCAUGAGAACCUAGAUUUUAAAGAAUUGGUAGAAAAGCAGGAAAAGAAUGAGAGGAAGCUGAAAAAGCAGCUGAAGUACACGAAAAACAUUGGCCCAGAGUGACAGGAGGCACCACGAACUCACAAGAGAGGUCACAGUCCAGAGAAAAGAGAAGGACUUCCAAGGCAUGCUGGAGUACCACAGAGAGGACGAGGCCCUCCUCAUCCGGAACCCGGUUACAGAUCUGAAGCCCCAGAUGCUGUCGGCACUGUGCCCUGUCGGCCUGCAUACAUCCUCUACAUGUGUAUCAGGCAUGCAGAUUACACCAACGAUGACCUCAAGGUACACUCGUGGCUGAGCUUCACCAUCAAUGGAUUAAGAAAGUCCUCAAGAAACACAAUGACGUCUUUGAGAUGACAUUCCGGUUAUCUGACACCUGCCGCUUCCUUCACAGUUUGAAGCAGUACGGUGUGGGUGAGGCCUUCAUGACACAGAGCACUCCAAAGCGGAAUGAGCACCAUCUCAAGAACUUUGACCUCACUGAAUGUAGGCAGGUGCUAAGCGACCUUUCCAUUCAGAUCUAUCAGCCCUUCAUUAAAAUUGCAGAGGGCUUCUUACAACCUAUGAUCGUUUCUGCCAUGUUGGAAAAUUCUCACUUUUUUUGGAAGUCAGUUGUUUGCACUUCCUCCUUACUCAGUUAAUAUCAUUUCCUUCUUGGGUC